AAAACUCUAUCUCUAGAAAACCUUGUGGAGUUACGUCCCAAUGUCUGCUUUAUGGCCGAAGGUGCCCAACCGUUUAAGCUUGGUAAAGUGGAUUCAAAAUACCGGACUGAAAAGUUUGAUUCUAAGUCACGAACUGGGAACUCCGGGGAGCAACAAGUAAUACUCGCAGAGAAGCAAAAUGUUUGAGAAUAAAAAAAUGAAUUAAGGAUUAAAGCUUUGAAGAAUCUACAGCCAUUAAAAAAAGAAUUAAGGGUUUAAGAAAAAAUCAAAAAAAUGAAACUAACACCUCCAAAGUAAACGCUUAACCUUUGCGGCGGUCACAUAUAUCCUGAAGCUAAGGUUGGGUACCUAUCUGCAGUAGUCAAAGACGUAAACCUUGCCUAAAAUAAUUAGAAUUUCAUACACCAUACUUGCAUAGCCUCAGUGAAUUGGUUACAAAAUAAUUUGCGUUUUUGAGACUGAAAAAUGUCUUUCAGAUCCAAAUCUCUUGAACAUCAAGUCGUCAUUGAUGACAAAAGAAGAUGGAAGCUUAGCAGAAAAUGCAAAUGCAGCUAUGCACGAAGAAGACCACGAAGUCGUUGCAUUUCACGAGAAUUCGCAUGAUUCUGGUCUAGAAUUAGGGUCAUCAAGCAGGCAAAUUGACAGACGUAACCAACUUGACAACUCUGUAAGCUUAGAAUCUCAGGAAGUCAUCGAAAUGUGCAUUAACAUCGAGCCCCAACUUGCAGAGGAGAUACCAGAUCUUCUCUUUGAGGAGGAUGAAGAAGAAAAUCCGGAAGAAGAGAUCAUUGAUGAACAGGAAAUUUCGUUGGUUUUUGCUGACUUUGAAACGCCAACAUCCAACCAGCCAUUGCUUGAAGUUGAACAAGUCACCCCAUCACUAAUUCAACUAGAAGCAGAACUGACUUCUGCAGGUAUGUGAGAAACUUCUUUCUUAGGCAUCAAUAGAAUGUAAUGGUAAAUGGUUUCUAAUGAUCUUUGAGAUUACUCAUCUCUUCGUAUUCGAUUUUAUUGAUUGUUCUUUGAUUUACUUCAGAGCCCCAAUCUGCAGAGGAGAUACCAGAUCUUCUCUUCGAGGAGAAUGAAGAAGAGUAUUCAGGAGAAGAGAUCGUUGAUGAACUGGAAAUAUCGUUGGUUUUUUGCUGACUUUGAAACC